AUGAAUCCCCACCAGAAGAAUAAAAUCGACAUCAGCGCCAUGACCUCCGACGAGCAGCGGCUGUUCCGCAUGUACGGCAAGAUGCCCAAUAAGAAGGACCUGCUCCAGAACAAGCUCAAGGAACGCAAAUACUUUGACUCAGGUGACUACGCCCUCAGCCAGGCCGGCAAGGCCUCCGAGGUCACCAGCAUUGGAUCGCGACACCCAGUCCCCGAGAACAUUCCUCACCUUACCGCCACCUCGCCCGGUGCCAACAACCCCGCCGCCACCACAGGCAACGGCGGCAGCGUCAGUGCCCAAGGCCAGCAGAUCCCCGGCAGCAUCAGCGGACACCCGGGCUCCGUCGGUUUCCAGAGCCGCAGUCCUGCCAAGGAAGGUAGCUACCUUCACCGCGGAACCAGCAUCAGCGAGGACUCGGCCGGACCCGGCGAGCUGGAAGGCCGCCAGGACGAGAAGGAUCCCAGCGUUAGCCCCCCGCCGGCUCGGGAGGGCCUUCCCAUCCGUCGGUGA